AGGAAGGAGGAAGAUUCGCGCCUUCUUCUCCUUCUCCUUCGCUGUUACGUCAAAGAGGAAGCGGCGUCCCUCACGAAGGAGAAGGAGGGGAAGGGAGACGAGCCGGAGCGGCGCGAUGUCGGCGGGAGAAGCGCUUGGUGGUGGCUGAGGCGGAGGAGGCGGCCUCCUCAUGCGCCCCUCAAAAAGCUCAUGACAGCAGGGAGCGCGGCGGAGAGGAGAGGAAGGACUUCGCCUCAGGGAGGCCCCAUUCUCCUCACACGCCGGAGAGUUUAUUUUGAAACUUCCCAUCUGUUUUGGCGACCACAAGAGCGGCGUCGUGGGCCCUUUUUUGCCUCUCCUCGAAGAAUAUUGGAUUGAGACUUUUAUUUUUUUGAGUCUCUCCUUUUCUUGAGUCUCUCGUUUUCCCUUCACCUCAUUUUCGGGGUGUUAAAUCAGGCAUUUCCCCCUUUCCUUGGAUGAAGAUUGUAUCCCUCUUUCUGUUCGCUUCACCCUUUUCCUUGGGGCGUCGGAUCAAGAGUCUUCCCACUGAUCGUGUUUGAUUAAGCGCUCCCCUCCUCCCUCGCAUCAGAAAUCGUGGAUUAACUGCCCUCCCCUUUAUUUGCGACCCCCCCAUUUUUCUUAAGGUGUUGGAUCAAGAGUCUCUUAAUUUCGGAAGCACUUCCUCCCUCUCUUUAGGGGUGUUUCGUGCAAGAUCAAGCGCUUCCCUCUUUUCUCCAGGCGGAAAUCUUGGAGUCAAGAUUCCUCCCUCGUCAGGGUGUGUUUACCUUUUCUUUUUAAUUUUAGAGCCCCAAUUUUUCAUGGGGUGUCGGAUCAAGGAUCUCUUUUUAUUUUUGGAAGCCUUUCCUGCCUCCUUUUUCGGGGUGUUUUUCCUCUUAGAUUAAGAUUUUGGAAGCCUUCCCUCCCUUCUUGAAGAGGUCGAGAUUGGGAGCUUCCCUUCCUUGGAUUAUCGGCAACCUCCCCUUUAAUUUGGAAGAUUGAGACAUUGUAUCCCACCCCAAGCGCUGUACAAAUUUGGAAUCGCUUCUCCUCUUUUCCCCUCGGAUUAAGUGUUUUUUUUUUUUCCCUCCCUCGUGCCCCCCCCCCCCCCCCCGUCUUUUUGUCAGCCUCGGUCUUGCUCGUUCUCCUCUCGCUCGGUGGGAUUAUUAUAUGCUUCAAGGAAAAGGAAGCGGUGGCGGCGACGAGGCGCAACAGAAACCCGCCGGCGUCUCCUUCGCGUCCCUGGCCAUGUCCACGGCUACGGCAACUGCUGCGGCGAUCUCCGCCGCGGAGAAAGUGGACGGCUUCACCCGGCGGUCGGUGCGCAAGGUUCAGAAGCAGAAGCGCUCGCAGGGUUCGUCCCAGUUCCGGACCCAGGUCAGCCCCGUGGAGCUCCUCCCGCUGCCCCAGCUCAAAGAUGCCACCACAAAUGAACAGCAAGAUCUCUUCUGUCAGAAAUUACAGCAAUGUUGUGUAUUGUUUGAUUUCAUGGACUCUGUUUCUGACUUGAGGAAUAAAGAAAUAAAAAGAGCAACACUGAAUGAACUGGUGGAAUAUGUUUCAACCAAUCGUGGUGUGAUUACCGAAUCAGCAUAUUCUGACAUAGUGAAAAUGAUUAGUUCUAAUAUCUUCAGAACACUUCCACCCAGUGAAAAUCCAGAUUUUGAUCCAGAAGAGGAUGAACCUACGUUAGAAGCUUCCUGGCCCCAUAUACAGCUGGUGUAUGAAUUUUUACUAAGAUUUUUAGAGAGUCCUGAUUUCCAGCCUAGUGUUGCAAAACGUUAUAUUGACCAGAAAUUCGUACAACAGUUGUUGGAGCUGUUUGAUAGUGAAGAUCCACGAGAGCGUGACUUCCUAAAAACUGUGCUUCAUCGAAUUUAUGGCAAAUUCCUUGGAUUAAGAGCAUUCAUCAGAAAACAAAUCAACAAUAUUUUUCUCAGGUUUAUAUAUGAAACAGAACAUUUCAAUGGUGUUGCUGAGCUCCUUGAAAUACUAGGAAGUAUUAUCAAUGGUUUUGCAUUGCCACUAAAAGCAGAACAUAAACAGUUUCUUAUGAAGGUUCUUAUUCCUAUGCAUACAGCAAAAGGAUUAGCUUUAUUUCAUGCACAGCUGGCCUACUGUGUUGUUCAGUUCCUGGAAAAAGACAUGACAUUAACAGAGCCGGUUAUCAGAGGAUUGCUCAAAUUUUGGCCAAAAACAUGCAGCCAAAAGGAGGUCAUGUUUUUAGGCGAAAUAGAAGAAAUCCUAGAUGUAAUAGAACCAACACAGUUCAAAAAAAUACAAGAACCUCUCUUUAAACAGAUAGCCAAGUGUGUGUCAAGUUCACAUUUUCAGGUUGCAGAAAGGGCUUUGUACUUCUGGAAUAAUGAAUACAUACUUGGCUUGAUUGAGGAGAACAUAGACAAAAUCUUGCCAAUUAUGUUUGCCAGUUUAUACAAAAUCUCCAAAGAGCACUGGAAUCCGACCAUUGUAGCUUUAGUAUAUAAUGUGCUAAAAACGCUUAUGGAGAUGAAUGGAAAACUGUUUGAUGAACUCACAAGCUCUUAUAAAGCAGAAAGACAAAGAGAGAAAAAGAAGGAGCUAGACCGUGAAGAACUGUGGAAGAAGCUGGAAGAAUUAAAGUUAACAAAAGCUCUGUCUGACCAGCUGAGUAAUGCAUCCUCCGUUUCCAAUGCAACAAAUGAAAAAGUGCCAAAUGAGAGCAACAGCCUCGCUUUGUGAGGCAUACCUUUUAUAUACAAGGGUUUUUUUUAAAUAUGUAAAAAAUACAAAAGAGAGACCUCAUCAGUAUAUUUGAAAUGGCCAAUGUUUUUCCUCUGGCAAAAUGUAAAUUGAAAUUUUUGAACUGAAAUACAAUAAUUGAAUGUGACAUUAUUUACCACAGCAUAUUGUAAAUUUGUCUAAUCAUUGCUAUAUUGUCACCUCUGACAUUUCACAGAAUUGAAUUCUAUUAUCCAUGAUGUGUGUGAUUUAAUUAUGGGAGUGGUGAAAAUUAUGACUUGAAUUUUUUAAAAUUGUGUUGCACAUAGACAUAGAAGUCAACUAUUUACGUUUUCCCCAUGUGCUUUUCACAUUACUGCAAGCUUUGGCUAGGAUUCUGAAAGAGACUGCUAUACUAUCACUAUAUUUCCUCAAAUGAAACCAAGGCUGUUAAUCUUUGCCUGAAACUUGGGAGUUGGCCUCAUUUAACUUAAUGGAGCUUGCUUCUAAGUAAAGGUGCAUAGGAUUUGGUUGCAAUUGUGCCUGGAUGAGAUGUUCUUCCAUUUGUUGAUUACACAUUUGAAAGCUAUUACUGCAUAGAGUUUCUCUUCUGAUGUCACAAAAAUGAUUAUGGUUGGACAUGGGGUGUGUCUAUUGGCCUUGCUGUCUCCUUUAUUCUUGGAGCCUGCACAUACAUACGUAUAUUGGUGACUAAACAUCUGCAUCAGGAAACCUUUUCUACUUGAGCUGACUCUUGGUGAAAUUUAGGAAUCUGGAAGAUUGGGUUCUACAUAGUGCAAGGAACUCAUGCAAGCAAAGGCUCCUUGUUGCAGUUCAUCCCUUUGUGUGCAAGUGGCAGCAAGAACAGCUGUGUGUUCAGAGAAAGGUGUAGGUUUAUUGAUAAAUAAGCUAAGAGAGACAAAAUGAGAGGUGGCAUAUGUGAAUACCACUUAAAUGUUAGGGAAUCAUCAGCUUUGACUCCAGGAAUGCUUUGCUCCCAUAAGCCCUCAUGCGUUUUUUACCAUUUUAUAACAGAGCUCUAGAACCUAUCAAUGAAACUCAUCAUCAUUUCAGCCAUUUUUAUUAAGGCUAGCAGGUUUGCUUUCUAUCUGGCUCAAGAUAGUCCAGCUGUUCACUGAAAUCUUGGAUUGUGCAAUUCCAUUCAGGUAUCGAAACAUCUUUGUAACAGUACAGUUCCUUGGUCUGUUUCAAGGAAAAUACAAUGUACUUAACAUGGCAAAAAAUGGCGCUAGAGGUUUUGUCUGUUUUUACUAGAUCAGGUCGGAUGUUUUAUGCAGAUCUUUCUAUCAAGAGUACCAUUCCAGUCUCUAUUGCAAUUGUGUGGAAAAUGGUUUUGUAUUGAAAGACUGAGGGAUUGAAAAGCAUUCAAUAAAGUCUUUAUGUUUGUAA